GCUUGUUUGAUGACGUGUCCGGAAGUGCGGCCGGCUUAGAGGGGUCGUUCUGUCCGUCUGUCGCCCCUCCCCACAUGAGCCUCCCCCGGGAUGAGCUCCAAGGCCAAGCGGGUGCUGCCCACCCGCCCUGAGCCGCCCAGCGCCGAGCAGAUCCUGGCGGACGUGCAGGGCACGCUGCCCUCCGACCCCGUGUUCGUCCUGCCCGCCGAGCCCCCCCUGGACCCCCCAGGCCCCGCUCCAGGCUGCCCCGAGCCCGCGGCCGAGGAGCGGGAGCGGCUGUACCGGCAGAUCCGCUCCUACGUGGGGAUGAACCAGCGGCUGCAGCAGUCCCGGGAGCAGCUGCGGGAGCGGCGCCGGGAGCUGCAGAGGGUCGGGGAGGCGCUGGAGCGCGGCAUCGCCGAGAUGAGGCAGAAAGCGUUCUGAGGGACCGUGCUGGGCACCUCCACGCUGUGGUUUCACCUUCCCAAAGCCGUUUGCAUCGCGAAAAUCCGGAUUUUCCAGCACAGCCCCGGCUGUACCAUCCCAGUGACCUUUUCCCAGGGAACAUCGGGAUCCUGCACCCCUCCUUGUGCCCCUGAACCGGCUGCCAUGUCCCUCGUGGGUGGCACAUCCUCUCCUCCCUACGACUUUUCCCUCUGGUACUUUCCCGACGAUGACCCCAUCGCCUCCCGCAUCGCCGAGCGCCUCAGGCAGGAGGGAUUCCGGGGCUUCACCGAGCACCAGGACCGGGUGGCCGGGACCUCCGUCAUCCUGACGACCGUGGAGGCCAUCGAGGCCAGCCGUGUGGCCAUCCUGCUCCUCUCGGCCAAGUCCGUGCGUGACCGCUGGUGCCAGCGCGUGUCCCAGUGGAACCUGUUCCACAACAUCCACCAGCAGCAGCAGCGUGGCCCCAGGGUGGUGCCCGUGUGCGUGGGGGUCAGCAGAGCCGAGGUGCCGCCGUUCCUGCAGCACCUGGUCCCGCUGGAAUACCAGAACGAGUUCUUCUUCCAGCGGCUGCUGGCCAGCCUGAGGUCCCGCCCGAGGAGCGGGGCCAGGAGAGUCCCGCCCAAAGGAACGAACUGAGGGACCCCCAUAAAGGGGGCUGGUUGGGGGGCCAGCACCGCCCUGUGGUGUGGAAAACUGCCCUGUUUUGCUAAUAAAGGUGGUGGGAAUGGGUCACCCAGCACAAAUCUCACAACCCCCACUUUUGCGA